AUGGAUUAUGAUCAAUCUUUGUGUUCUUUUCUCUUUCUUCUUCUCUUCUUCUCUUGCUUCUCUUUCACCUCCUCCAUAACCUUCUCCUUCCCCAACUUCCCAACCAAUGACAACAACAUCACACUUGUUCCAACAGCAACAAAGGGCGAAUUUGAUGGGCUCUUGUCAAUACGACUCACCGGUGUUGAGGUUGGUGGCAAAACAGACAAUGCUACAAGCCGAGCUUACUAUCACCAACCAAUACCACUGUGGGAUCCCAUUACAAAUAUCACAACAAAUUUCACUACCUCUUUUGAGUUCGUAAUCAGAAGUUUUACUGGGGAUGCAAACUUAAUCACUGGUGGCAUUGCAUUCUUUAUAACUUCAGAAGAUUCUUUGGGUGUUCCUCAAAAUUCUUUUGCAGGUUGGAUGGGUCUUUUCAAUGAGACCACCGACGGGAAUUCAUCCAAUCGGAUGGUGGCGGUGGAGUUCGAUACGUAUCAAGAUCAGUGGGAUCCUAGCGACAACCAUGUCGGUAUUAAUGUUAACUCUAUUGUCUCCAAGGCUAACCGUACUUGGGGUAAUCCUUUGACCUCUGGGGACAUAUAUGGCGCAAUUGUAUCGUAUGAUGGAAUCUCCAAGGAUCUCAAUGUAAUGUUGAGAGAAGUAGAUGUUCCUGUGAUAGCAAACCAAUCCUUAAAUCUCACUUUUAAUGUAAAUUUGAGGGAUUUUCUCCCGGAAAAAGUGAUUGUGGGCUUCUCGGCAUCAUCCGGACAAGCAGUCCCACUCCAAGUGCUCCGAAGUUGGAACUUUAGUUCUUCUUUGGAUCUGACUGCGACUCCAAUUGGAGGGAAUUCUAAGACGGGGUUAGUUAUAGGAUUAGUAAUAGGAGUGGUGCUUUUGAUUGCAGUGAUCAUUUUUGUCUUCUGCGUUAUACUGAGAAAUAGAAGAAGAAAGGAGGAGGUAGAAGAAGAUGAAGAUGAAGAUGAAGAAACGGGCAUUAUAGGCGCCAUGGAUGAAGUGCUAAUAGAAGGAACCGGUCCAAAAAGGUUUGCCUACAAGGAAUUGGUCGUGGCAACUGACAACUUUUCAGAUGAAGGGAAGCUUGGUCAGGGAGGUUUUGGAGGCGUCUACAGAGGUUUCUUGGCUGAACAAAACAUGGAAAUUGCAGUCAAGAAGGUAUCUAGCAGCUCUAAACAGGGGAAAAAGGAGUAUGUUUCCGAGGUGAAUGCCAUUAGUCGUCUGAGACACCGGAAUUUGGUUCAACUUGUCGGUUGGAGCCAAAAGCAGAAUAGCUUCCUACUUGUAUACGAGUUCAUGCCCAAUGGAAGCCUAGAUUAUCAUUUAUUUCGCAAGAAAAGUCAUCUCUCAUGGCCGGUGAGAUACAAAAUUGUUCAGGGGUUAGCCUCUGGAUUGCUCUAUCUCCACGAGGAAUGGGAGCAAUGCGUGUUGCAUAGAGAUAUCAAAUCGAGCAACGUGAUGUUAGAUUCAAACUUCCAAGCAAAACUUGGUGACUUCGGUCUAGCGAGGCUUGUCGACCACCGCCUUGGCUCGCAGACGACGGCCUUGGCCGGGACGAUGGGCUACAUGGCUCCGGAGUGUUUUAUCACAAGCAAGGCUAGCAAGGAAUCAGAUGUUUUUAGCUUUGGGGUGGUGGUGUUGGAGAUCGCUUGUGGGAGAAGAGUAGUGGAGCAUAAGGAAGAAGAGUCAAAAAUUAGUUUGGUCAAUUGGGUGUGGGAGCUUUAUGGAAAGGGAAGGCUUCUGGACGCAGCCGAUGACACGCUAAAUGGGGAGUAUGACAAGGAGGAGAUGAAGUGUUUGAUGAGUGUUGGGCUAUGGUGCGCACAUCCAGAUCACACAUCAAGGCCUUCUAUAAGGCAGGCAAUUCAGGUUCUUAAUUUUGAAGCCCCAUUUCCAAGCCUUCCAUCCCAUAUGCCUAUACCCAUGUAUUAUGCCCCUGGAGAAACGACUUCCACGCAAGGCUCCUUCACUUUUACAGGCGAUGUUACAAACAAGUGAUGAUGAUUCAUAUUGUAGCUUGCUUUAAUUUAAAAACAAUUUCUUGGAUUCUUUUACUAGUCAGGGGGACGAGCCAAGACUUGUCUUAGAAGGUAGUUUCUUUCCUUAAUCUCAGCAACAUUAGUAAAAUUCUUGUUGGUUUCUGGAAUCAGUUGAGUUCAGAGGAGAAAUUGCUUCAGAGGAUCUUUGAUCUGGAAAGAAAAUUUUGUGGAUAGUAGAGAAAAAUCAAACUCUCUGUGCCAAAUGGGGUAUUCUUGUUUCUGCCCUGGUGUAAUGCUACUGGUUUGGCUGUAACUUCUUGUUGUUUCAAUGGAGCUGCAGCAGAGCUUGUGUUUUGAAAUUUUGGUUAAAUUGUGUUGAUAACUCAGAUAAGUUUGUUCAUCUGUUUUAGUUUUGGUGAUGUUUCUCAUUGUAAGUUGUAUAGGCAGAAAUAACAAAUUGCAUGGAUAGAUGUUUCUCUGUAUUUGU